AUGUUAACAGAUAUCUAUCUAGGAGAAUACUGGGAUACUCAACCUGUAUUUCUCUAUGUAGAAUUUUCCUUCCUAUCAAUAUUUGCAACUUUAUUUCUCUUUCACAUCUUUUUUUGCCAUCCUGUUUUUCCUCCGAAGCAUACUUUUUCUUCUACCAAUUUUUCUUUCUAUCAUUCUUUACUCUUUACUAUUCCUUUUCAUAUCCUUUCUUAUAUCUUUCUUCCCUUCCUUUUUUUCUCCAUGACUGAUUCGCCUUUUACUUUAGCUGAUUCCAUUUCUGCAUAUCCUUUACAUACUUCUUUCUCUUUUCAAUCCUCUCUUUUCACUGUUUUCCUUUUCAAUUUUCUCCUUUCACCACUCCCCUUUUCAAUCCUCUCUUAUUCUUACUCUUUUCAGUCCUUCCCUUUUCAAUCUUCUCCUUUCACCACUCCCCUUUUCAAUCCUCUCUUAUCCCUACUCUUUUCAGUCUUUCCCUUUUCAAUCUUCUCCUUUCACCACUCCUCUUUUCAAUCCUCUCUUAUCCCUACUCUUUUCAGUCCUUCCCUUUUCAAUCUUCUCCUUUCACCACUCCUCUUUUCAAUCCUCUCUUAUCCCUACUCUUUUCAGUCCUUCCCUUUUCAAUCUUCUCCUUUCACCACUCCUCUUUUCAAUCCUCUCUUAUCCCUACUCUUUUCAGUCCUUCCCUAUUCACCACUCUUCUUUUCAAUUGUUUGUUUCUUCCUUUUUAUUUUUAAAUUAUUUUUUACAUUUUUAACCAUAUGUGAAUUUCACUCUUUCAUGUUUUGCACAUGUUAUUUUCUAUACUUGUUCUUUAUUCUCAUACUCUUUUUCCUCUUUUCUUGCUCACUUUCUCUAAUCUUCUUUUAUCAUGUGCCAAUAGGAAAUAGUUUUUCUCUCAUCCUUAUCAUUUUCUGUCUUUUGACUUCCUCUUUAUAUCAAAUCUCUCUACAACUGCAUUCAAUUUGUUUCUUCUCCCUUUUUACUAUUUCUUCUUGUUUUUCUAUUAUUUUCUCUAUAAACAAAAGGUCAUCUAUCACUACACCCUUUUUCAGCUACUCACUAGUUUUGUUCUUUCUUUUAUCCAAAAUACUAAAUUCUUUCUUUUUUUCUCUAACAUCUUUUCUUUUAGAUCACUUCCUCUCUAUUUUUUCUGGUUUUAUCUUUUACUAUCUUCAGCUCCUUCAGUCUAUAGCCCCUUUGUUCCGUGAUGUUUUUUUACACCCUGUGCACUUUCCCUCCCUCCCUCUCUUCCUUCCUUCCUUCCUUCUUACCCAUCAUUCUUCCUUUGAUGCUUUUUACACCCUAUGCACUUCUCCCUUCUUUCCUCUUCCUUCCUUCUUUCUUUUCUUUUUUCUUUCUUCAUUCCUUCCUUCCUUUCUCCACACAAUUGUCUAUCACUCUUUGUUCCAAGACAUCUUUUACACCCUCUGCACUGCUCUCUUUCUAAUUUCCUCUUCCUCCCUCCAUCCCUUUUCUCCUUUCCUUCCUCCCUUCCUUCUUUCACACAAUCUGCUUACCCACCAUUCUUCCUUUGUUUCUUUACAUUUUCUCACCAUUUUCUUCCCUUUUAUUCAUCUGAAGCACAGUUUGAUAAACUCUUCUUUUUCUCUUAAUCUGUCUAUCUUCUCUCACAUUUUCAUACUCACUCUCCUUCAUUGUCCUUAUUUCUACCACCCACCUUCAGUUCCUUCACCUUCCUCAAUAUACCAACUUCUAUAUGUUUUUUAUAUUAUUCUCUCUCGUCACUUGCUCUUCAUUCUUUAA